ACGCAAGCAAGCAUUUUGGCAGGCUGCAAAGCCACUAAACCCUACCGGCCGCCGUCGCCAUUCCCUCCAUACCUCACUUAAACCCUCCCUUCUUUCCUCCCCAACUUCUCUCUCUUCUUCCUCGUAAAAAAAGAUUAGCCGCCUCCACCGCCAUGCACUCUGCUUCCCUCGCCGCCCACCUCUCUCUCUCCCCCUGAGCUCUCCUCCGCGCGCCGCCAUGUCCGCCGCCUCUAGAGGUCUCGUCGCCCGCCUCCGCUUCCUCUCUUCCGGCCCUCGGGUACCGUUUCCCCUCCACCGGAGCUUCAGCGUGGAGUCCCUCGUCGACGCCGGCGAGUAUAGUCUCGCCGGCGGAGGCUGCGGCGAUGGCCGGGUCAUCGAGGCGAAGCCCGGGGUGAUGGCCCCCAAUUCGAGGAGGACCGGAGCCAUCGCCGUCAAGUGCGGAAUGACGGCACUGUGGGACAAGUGGGGCGCUAGGAUUCCAAUCACGGUCCUUUGGUUGGACGACAACACCGUCUCCCAGGUGAAGACUGUCGAGAAGGAGGGGAUCUUUGCCUUGCAGAUUGGAGCAGGGCAAAAGAAGGAGAAACAUUUGACGAAGCCUGAGGUGGGCCAUUUCAGAGCUCAAGGAGUUCCUUUGAAGAGGAAGCUGAAGGAGUUUCCGGUAACAGAGGAUGCUCUUCUUCCGGUUGGUACUUCCAUCACAGUUCGCCAUUUUGUUCCUGGUCAGUUUGUUGAUGUCACAGGCAUUACAAAGGGAAAAGGUUUUCAGGGUGGGAUGAAAAGGUGGGGUUUUUCUGGAAUGCCUGCAUCACAUGGUGCAUCAUUAUCACAUCGAAGUAUUGGCUCUACAGGUCAAAGAGAUGCUCCUGGAAAGGUUUUUAAAGGGAAGAAAAUGCCUGGGCAUAUGGGUGACAAGCAAUGCACGGUGAAAAAUGUAUGGGUCUACAAAAUUGAUCCUGCAAGAAAUUUAAUGUGGGUAAAAGGCCAGGUCCCAGGCGCUGAAGGGAAUUUUGUUUUUAUUAAAGAUGCAGUAUACAAGAAGCCGGACGUCUCCCUGCUACCAUUUCCAACCCAUUUUGCUCCAGAAGGCGAGGAAACAUCAGACUUGGAACCGCUAGUGGCUGAUCUUGGCGAUGUUGAUCCUUUCAUGGCAGCAGAUUAACUGGCAGUUCAAAGGAUUCAGGAUUUUGCAUGUUGUUGAUUAUUUACUUUGGAGUUCUGAUGAGUUUUUAUUUCUUUUCAUUCCAAAUAUCGUGCCAUUGUUUGAUAAUGAAAAUUUUGAUAGCAAUCCCUUCACUGAAGUUCAUCAAUCAUGACAGAUUUUUGUUGGUCACUCGUCAGCAAAUAGAUUGGUGGCAACUUGGCAUUUUCCUUGGGCAGUCAUGCACUAUAACAACAAAGCUACCAAUCCUGCUGUUCCCUACAGUCUUAUUGUAACCAAAAGGAAAAUAAGCAAUAAGUUUUCCUCUGUAACUUGACAGCCUCUGGUGAACAUUGCAUGAAAAUUCUGUUGCUUGACUUUUUAAUGGAUUAAUGUUGGAUAACCUUCUA